AUGCCGUCGGACGUGGCGGGAGGGUGCGUGAACAAGGCGUUUGAAGGCGCUGAUGAUGGAUUCCACACCAUAGACCUGCGGACUGGCCGGCGGGACGAUGAUCACCUGACUAGAACGCAGGCCUCAACAGAAGCUGAACAUGUGUCUCCGAAACAAACAGCUCAUGAUGAGGAGCACUCCCUCAAGUGUGGGUGGGGCAUGUUCCGACCCUCGUGGCUGCAGCGGUUCAGGACUGCUAAGUGGGCGCUGUUCUGGCUCUGCUGGGCUGGCGCCAUACAAGGUAUGGUGGUAAAUGGUUUCGUGAAUGUGGUGAUCACCACCAUUGAGAAGAGGUUCGGUCUGAGGUCCAUGCAGACUGGAGUCAUAGCUGGAGGUUAUGACAUGGCAUCAUUCGCAUGUCUAGCUCCAGUCACGUACCUGGGAGGUCGCUCAGGGUCCUCCAAGCCCCGCUGGCUGGGGCUAGGAGUACUCCUCAUGGGUACAGGGUCCUUACUCUUCGCUCUGCCACAUUUUCUCGUGCCUAAUUACAAGAUAGCUGGAAAUGAACCUGCUGAUCUAUGUACACCUAAUAGGACGCUGACAGACAGUUGCGAGGGUAACGUGCCGUCGGAGGGCGGCGCAUGGGCAGUUGCAGUGUUCGUGUUCGCGCAACUGUUGCACGGCGCGGGCGCUACACCACUAUUCACCCUCGGCGUCACCUACAUAGACGAGAACGUGUCUAAGAAGAUGUCUUCUGUUUAUUUAGGUGUAUACUACACAAUGGCGGUGGUGGGCCCAGCUAUGGGCUAUGUGAUCGGUGGACAGAUGCUCACCAUUUACACAGACUUCCUCACUGUCGACUCCGACGCGUUAGGCGUAACUCCUGUCAGCUCAGUAUGGAUUGGUGCCUGGUGGAUAGGGUUCAUUCUGUCCGCCAUUCUGUGCCUCAUCGUGGCGAUACCGUUGAUGGCCUUCCCUCAUGAACUGCCUGGCGCAGCAGAGAUUAGAGCGUCGAAGGUAUCUGAAGCUCAUGAAGGAGCUGCCUCUAAAUCAGCAGCCUUUAGCGCCCUGCACGAGUUGCCUCGUGCUGCAGCUGCUUUGCUCCGAAACCCCACCUUCCUCUUCCUCAACCUGGCAGGUGCCACUGAAGGCAUGCUUAUAUCAGGGUUCGCUGCAUUCUUGCCAAAACUGAUCGAGAACCAAUUCGCUGUCAACGCCUCAGAAGCUGCUUUACUUUUGGGAGUGAUCACAGUACCAGCAGGUGGAGGUGGUACAUUCCUCGGCGGAUGGCUGGUGAAGCGCUGGCAGCUGGCAUGCGCCGGUAUCAUCAAGCUGUGUGUGGCAGCCACUGUGGUGGCGGCUGCCUUCACCUUCGGCUUCGUGCUCACUUGUGACGACUACCCUUUCGCUGGAGUCACCGUUAUGUAUAAUAGUCCUGCAGUGCCAGGAGCGGACAGUCUCACAGCAAUGUGCAACACGGACUGUUCGUGUAUCAACGCCCCGUACUCCCCCGUGUGCGGAGCUGACGGCAACGUGUACUACUCAGCUUGCCACGCUGGCUGCACCAGGCAGACCCUCGCGGGAGCCGCCCAGCUAUUCCACCAGUGUUCCUGUGUGCUCACUAAAGAAAAUAUGACGCUACCGACGUAUGAACUUGAAGGAGAAGCUAACUCAACAAUAUCCUACGAGGCCAUCAACAGCAUCUGUUCAACGGACUGUCCACUCCUCUGGGUGUUCGUUUGCAUGUCGUUCGGAGUCAUGCUGUUCACGUUCCUGGCUACCAUGCCUGCGUUGUCAGCCACCUUGAGGUGUGUUCGAGAGGACCAGCGUUCCUUCGCAUUAGGAAUCCAGUGGAUAAAAGUCCGUCUGCUGGGUACAAUUCCUGCACCUCUGCUGUUUGGGUUCCUCAUCGACCUGUCAUGUUCCCUGUGGUCUACCUCUUGUAACAAGACUGGCGCUUGCUUGCAGUAUGACAAUAUUAAUAUGAGCAGGUACAUGCUAGGUAUAGCACUGGUGGGCAAGCUCUGUUCUCUACUGUUCUUCUUCCUAGCAUGGUGGUUCUACCGUCCACCGGGCAGUAAGAAUGGGAACGCCGUAGUUCCCUCAGUAGACCUAGUGGUCUGCGCCGAGAAGACCAAUGGGAACGUCACGAAUGUAGCCAACGGGACAUUGGAGAGAGGCAGUAAUGGCUACUGCAAUGCAGCUUUAGAAUGUAGCGACCAUUUGUAA